GAGCCUGAUCACUCCUCGGCUUCGACCUGGAACAGCCUCAAGGGCCCCGUGAAGGGCGUGAAGUACAGAGGAGGACAGCCUCCACCCGCUCCUGUUUGGCACUACGAGAAGGGUGACUUGGCUGCCUAUAAGAAAUGGAAGAGACGAGUUGAAAUGUGGCUCGUACAAGUUGUCAACUAUGUCCCAAAGAAGGAGGCAGGCAUCUUGCUGUUCAACUCCCUUCGCGGGGAGUUGGAAGCGGAGCUGGAAGACGCACCGAUCGACAAGAUCUACGACGCCGACGGCGUGACCUACAUCCUCAGCGUCAUCCAGCGGGCAGUGGAGACCCGUUCGGUCCACCUCAAGCGACAGCUGUUGAACAACUAUGAACACAUCACACGCUCUCCUCAAGAGAGCAUGAGAAGCUUCCUGAACAGGUACCAGCGCUCCGAGCGCGCACUCACCACCGUGGGCAUCCGCGUCCAUGAUAUGUAUGAUGGAGAAGCUCGUGGAGCAAGAGUCUUGGAAAGAUGCAAGCUGUCCAGUGAACAUCAACGUCAAGUCCUCAUCGGCACUGGACAAUCUUUGGACUUCGAGGGGAAAGGCAAGAGCAAGUCCAACCUGCCGCCACGGCAGACCUAUGUGACUGAGUUCAAUGAGCCCGAGACCAUCCACGAGGAGCCGGACCCGGACACCACCGAGGUGAAUGAUGAUGAUGGAGAAGAAGAUGAUCAGCCCGACAAUGAGGCUGACGAAGAGGCUGACGAUGGCGGCUCCUGGGAUGACGACCCAGAGGUCGCGGAGAUCCUGACGAUCACUGCUCGCAAGCUGGCCGGAGUCACGCAGGCUCGCAAGUAUGGCUCAGGCACCAAUCCCAUGCCCAAGAAGACCAUCGCAGAGAGGAAGCGGAACACGCGCUGUUCUGCAUGCGGCCAACAAGGCCACUGGGCUGGAGAUGCUGAAUGUUCAGCCAGCGGCAAAGGAAGCAACAAGUCCACCACCUACAGAGAUGGCGGCAAGAACACCGGCGGCGGCAAGGGUGAGAAGGGCAAAGCAAAAUUUGUGCAUUUCCUCAACCACUAUGGUGGCCAUGAGGAUGAUGAAGCAGAGCCUCAACAUGUUGCUCAUGCUGUGUUGGUCUCACAGUUGACCAACUUUGAAGUGUGCCUCACCGAUGCCACAAAAGCAGCCGGGUUCAUCAUUUUGGAUACUGCAUGUCAAAGGCUUUGUGCAGGGCAUUCAUGGGCUGAAGCUCAGAAGGGAAAACUCAAUACCUGGUCCAUCUACCCCCUGGAGUAUGCCACCACAGAGUUUUUCGAGUUUGGUAGAGGGGAACCCAUCAAGUCCAACUAUGCCCUGUACUUUCCAGUUUGUUUCGGCAACCACCUUUGCAUCAUGGCACCAUGCAUAUUGCAAGCACACAUUCCAUGCCUUGCCAGCCGUACUUGUUUGCAAGAUGUUGGAGCUGUUUUGGAUUUGUCACGACAAGUCGCACGGCUUGAGUUGUUUGAUGUCACACUCCCCCUCACCAUGGUGAACGGCCACCUGGGUUUGGAUGUUUCAGUUUUUCAGGAGCAGCAGCGUUGUUUUUCUUGCUGGCACCACCACCAUGAAGAGAUCAAGCAAGCGUGUCACGACGGCCAAGUUCGUGAGUUCCUUUCAUACCCGCUUCUUUUUGCACCUCAAGCUCAGCCGCACCUCGAGGAUCGUGCAUCCACCGCGGCACAUGGAAGUGAGCAAGCCACCUCCGCCAUUUUGGCUGUGGCGAUGGAAGCACCUUGCUCAAAGACUUCUCCAAUGGGCUCGGCAAGCCCAGAGAUUCCUGAGAAGGGAACCAGCGCAGGCAGCAGUCGCUUCAUCAUCGACGGCUCUGAUGGCAUCUACACCGAAGAACAAGGGAACAAGCACGGGAGUUACGCCCAGCGCAUGGCCUGCGUGAUCAAGUGGAAGUGGAACCAAGAAGCCCAAGGAUGGGUGCACUUCGAAAAAGCAUCCACCUCCUCACACUUGCCACUACCUUCAUUGGACACUGUCUUGGACAGUUCAUGGAGCCAACAAGCAUCGGCCUAUCCGGCCAGCAGCGAACAACUGCCGCUCCCACCUCGUGGCAAGACUACGGCACCGACAACAACCUCUCAGGCGGCAAAGACAUCUGGCCCGAUCUCAAGGGGCAAGGGCAAGGGCAAGAAUUCCGGCACGGUCGUGCAGGACUAUCAUCAACGCCACGGACCUCCUCAUGGGCACAUCCCACUGACUCCCACGGCGGCACCUCAGCAAAGCACCGACCUGGAGGAGGACCUCGAACGAUGGCUGAACCGAUACGAGGAGUUCGAGGAGGGAGCCAUGGAUCCACGACUUCCGGAAGGCUGGAACCCGGCCUGGGAGCAGCACUUCCACGAUCCACUGGAGGAGGAGAUCGAAGACUACGACUGGGAAGGGCUCGAAGCUUGA